AUGAAGGCUGGAUUGUCUGUUUUGUCAGUCUUAGUUGUAGCAUCAGUAUCUGCAGCUCCAUUUGUACUGGACGCUGAUCUCCUAAGGCGGGGAAGCGAAAAACUCGCUGUUUUACACCACGUAGGAUACUUAGAGGGUGAAGAAAGAGCAGCCACCCGUGCUGACUCGAGAAGACUUCGGUUUGUCCUCUUGGUUCCAAGACUUCAUCAUCUUUCUGAAUUCGAAGAAGGUUUUAGCUCACAUCACGUAGGAGGCACCGCAAAACACCACGCUUUCACUAAGCUCACUGGAGGAGAGCGUCUUCUUGAGUUAGUCGGCUUCUCUGACUGCAAAACAUGGCACGCAGCUUUGCUCAGAGUCUGGAACGCAGCUGCCGGUGUUGUAGCCAACAGAUUUUUGGCACGCGACACAAAAGACCAUCUCGUUGGCGACUUAGCCGGAUUGGCAAGCUUUGUUCACGACCAUGUACUCGGUGCUGAUUUCGCAGAACUUGCAAAGAAGGGAUUGGCAGCCCAUGAAUUGGUUCUCAGAGUUCGCGCACUGUUCCCCCUCUAA